AUGGUGCCGAUAAAUACUUUUAUUGGAAACUUUGGAAAGUAUCACAUGUGGCUUAGUGUUAUAAUUUUUUUGAGUAAAUUUUUUGUGGCUUUUCAUCAAAUGGCUAUAUUUUUUUUGGCUCCUCCUAUUCAGUAUAGUUGCCCUAGAAAUAAUAAUACAUGUUGUGAUACUCCUGUCUAUGAUAAAACAGAUUUUACACGAACUAUUGUAAUGGAAUGGAAUUUAAUAUGUCAAAAGUCUUGGCUAAAAGAUUUUACCCAAACAAUUUUUCAAUUUGGUGUACUUAUCGGAAGCUUAACUUUAGGUCUUGCAUCAGACAGAUAUGGUAGAAGGAUAACUUUGCUUAUUGCAAUAAUUUUUGAAAUUUUCACUGGAAUGAUUGCUGCUUUUAUGCCAGAUUACUGGAGUUUCACAAUUGUGCGUAUGAUUUUGGGCGUAGCUGCUGGAGGAGUGACGGUAGUGUCGUUUGUGCUACUGAUGGAAAUUGUUGGUUGCGCGUAUAGAGAUGUGAUAUCCAUUAUUUUUCACAUACCAUUUACAAUUGGGCACAUCAUAUUAGCGCUUUUUGGAUAUUUUAUAAGAGACUAUGUGCGUUUCCAAGUAGUCAUAUCUGCUGCAAGUAUAAUUCAAUUACUUUAUAUAUGCCUAUUACCUGAAUCACCAAGAUGGCUUUUAUCAAAAAAUAAAACAUUUAAAGCCAUAGAGGUUAUGGAACGUAUUGCUGCAAUAAAUAGUCUACCAAAAUCAGAAAUUCGGCGACAAAUUGAGAUUUAUCAAAUGGAGUCCGUAGCUUUAAGGCAGCGAAGACAAAAUGUUAUUGAUUUAUUGCGUAAUUCUUAUUUAAGAAAAAAUAUAUUAGUUAUGUCAUUGUCUUGGUUUGUAUCAGGAUAUUGCCAUUACGGAGUAUCUCAUUUUAUUAGCCGUCUGACUGGAAACAUUUUUAUAAAUGUAGUAGCAAACGGGUGUAUAUGUUUGUGUGGGUGUCUGUUCGUAAUUCCACUUAUAAAGUACAUAGGUAGGAGGAAAUUGGUAAUUUCUUGUAAUGUAACAAGUAGUAUAUGCCUUUUAUUUAUAGCCUGCGUUCCUGAAGGUGUAGUAUCUUUAAUAUUAGGAUGUGUGGGGGAUCUAUUUUGCUUCAUGGCAUAUAUUGUGCUUUACUUAUAUUGCUCAGAAAUGUUUCCAACAGUCAUACGAAACGCAGCAGUAGGAAUAUCCUCUAUGAUGGCACGAUUUGGUUCUAUGAUAGCACCGUUUGUUGCUGACUUUCGAACAUAUGGAAAGUGGUGUGCUCCAGUCGCAUUCGGUUUCCCUCUAAUGAUUGGAGCAUUUUUGUGUAUGUUCCUUCCAGAGACAAAGGGUACUGAACUUGUAAUGUCUAUAGAAGAAUCUCAGUUAUUAAAACGUAAUACCCACUCAACUUCUCAAAAUAGAGUGUCAAAUGAAUUUAGUAUACAUAAGAGAUAAUAAAUAAGUUUUUUGUGAAAA